AUGGAGUGCCCGCUAACUGCUCCAACCCAGAACUGGGUAGAAUCCAGGCCCAAACUACUGAAUACGUACCAAUCUCUACUCUCGCGGCUUGAACAUCGGAUCGACUGCAAAAUGCGAGUUACAGACCAUGCUCCCUACACACCGAAAUGUCGCUCAUCCAACCGGGCGAAACGGGGUGCGCCUGGAGGAGCCGAUUCAUCCACUGGGUUAACACCGCAUAUCUUGCGCACUCGGCUGGUCGCAUCGAGUCCCGCUGCGCCGACCAAUGCAGAGCCUACGAAACCAUACGCAAAGGGCAAACCCCGCCGUCAUACCACUCCUUUUCCUCAGUCGAAUAGCAAAAAACGUAAAUUGGGAUUAGCCGCAUCGCCUAAGGAGGAAGUUCAGCUAUGUCAAUACGUCCCAUUUAGCGAUAUCGUUGAUUCGAGGACUAGGAGGCGCAUUGCUCGCGCAGGGUUUAGCGAGGAAAUGAAUGCGAUUGAGGAAAGGAGGAGAAUUCAGAAGAAGCUUGAGAAACAAAAAGACGAUGAAUUGAGACAGUUGAAAGAUGAAUUGGAUCGAUUGAAAAGCGCGCGAGUUGACCGGGCUGAUACGGUCGAUGUUGUGUUGCAGGACGGGAUAGACACCGAAGACGACGAUAUGGAUUUUGAUGAGGGUAUCGACACGUUCGACGAAUUCAACGGCCCACAUGCUCCUGAAUUACAUUGCCUCCCGGCGUUGAUGGAUGCUGGGACACAAGUAUCGUUCCACAGCUGUCGUGGGGAGGUCCAGUCGCUGAAAGAAGGUCUUGAGCGAAAGAAACUGGAGCAGCGCACGCUCUUCCAGGAAUGGCAAAGAGUGGUCAAUAACCCCAAUCCCGACAUUGAAAGAACCGGCAUGGAACCGGCACUGUCAACACCACCUCCUGAUUUAGCGGCCCAGGUCAUUGCCAGUUUGCGCGCAGCUACGGCUCGCGCUGAUGAAGCUGCUCAAACUGUAGUCACGGUUCAGGAAGAGCUCUCUACCCACGGCUUCGAUGGAGUUGACGCUAUGGAGGUCAUUACCAACAUCGGAGCCCGCUUCCGACAUGCCAGAAUGGAGCUUGAACGAGCGGUACCGGGCGAAACACCUAGCGCUAAUUUGUCAAACUGGAGCACGACUAUUGACGCCCUGGUUGAGCGAAUACAUCGACUCGUAACAGACCUAAAGAAGACACAGGAGCAGGUCACUGGGUACCAGGAACGCGAAACCGCGCUUCGCCGCCAGUUCGACUCAGCGUUGUUGCGAUAUGAAGAAACAUGCAAGAAAAAUGAAAAUCUAGAAAAGUAUACAGAAACGGUUGCCGAAGACAUGCUGGACGCACGAAUGAAACUGCAGAGGCUGGGCAAGGAGAUCGAGAGCCACGCAACAGAUAAGACUCGUCUGACAGCCGCCUUGGAAAGUUAUAGAAAAGACGUCAAGAUGCUAGAGAGCUUGAACGAGAAACUGGAAGACGAGAUUACCGUCUCCAAGCAACAAAUCGACGAUCUCGAGAUCGCAAACAACAAGUUAGACGAGAGGAACGAGUUGUCCAAGGCAAGAAUCGCCAUCCUUCAAAAGAACCUGUCCCGCGAACACGACCUCCGUCAACGAUUGCAGUCAUCGCUCGAUCAGUGCAACUCGGAGAUUUCGAAUCUGAAAUGGCGAACAGAGCAGCUGGACACUGAAUACGAGCAUGUCAAGGCCGUGCUCAAGGAAGCAAGUGCAAAAGAAGCGGAGAAUCAUGAGAAGCAAGUCGGAACCCUGAACGCUCGUCUCUCCUCAAUAUCUACCUCCCUCGAUCUCUCCAACGCGGAAAAUGGGAAACUACAGGAGCAGAAGAGUCAGCUGGAGCGUCGUCUGUCGGAUUUCCAGCUGUUGUUUUCUCGAGAAGCUAUCCAGACGGCGCAACGAAGAGCCAAAGAGACCCUCGAAGCGUUUGAGAAAUGGCAAGAAGGGAUAGAGCUGUUGGAGGAAGUUUCGCGCCGUGAGGGCAUGAUUAGAGAGGAAGCGCGCAGCUUCGGUGCCAUUGGAAGUGAGCCGAUUACCCCUGGGCCGUGCACGAGGUUCAAGAACGUGGAGAUGGCAAAGCUGGAUGUGAACGGAGUAGCUGCAAACAGGGCUGAUGGAACAGCGAUACAUGAAUCCAGGGACAAUGUGAUUACUUUGACCAGGUUCCCUGUUGCAAAGGCACAUGCAUUCACAGCAGGUGGUUCCCUAACGUUUACCUCGAUCUCAACGACCAAAAUGGCAUCAGAAGAGCCAGCAGAACGAUACACGCUGAAAGUUACCGCGGGUCCUACUUACGACUCCAAAUCACACCGGAUCGUCCCAGUGAACGCUGACGAAACACUGGCAAUUGAAACCGAGCACUCGACCGUGAACCUCUGCGUACGCAUCCAAGACUACAACGGCCUACCACCUAACAGCCCCCGCACAAGCAACUACUUCUCCCACCCAGACCGCCAGUCUAACCUCUACUCCAUCGCCAUCAGCCUCGUGCCCAAGCGCACCAUCCCCGGCUCCGAACUGGUGUUUGGCAACGACUUUGACCAUCCCAUCCGCGAUCGACUACCGCCGGGCACAAACUAUGCGCUGAAGCUUGCGCAGUGGACGAUCGAUCCCGGUCUGGAGGGAGACGCGUAUGCGGAUCGGCCUUAUUUGUACGGCGCGGCGCUGUCGAGUUGGAAUUUCUUUCGGAUAUGUGAGCGUGAAGGGGGCAGCGAGAUCGGGGUCGACGGCGAGGAUGCCAACCAUCUAGGAUCAGUCGAGUUGCAUGACCAAGUCAUUGCUGAAGGCAGUGAAGGCAGUGGCAAGCAGGUGCGGGAGAGUUUGAAUAUCCCAGACGAUGCGGAUUCGCGGAAAAAACACUUUUUGGAUGUGAAUAACCGCCAAAUGUUCGAGUUCGAGGCUGGACGGCUGUAUAAAGCCGACUUUGGGAAUCCAUAUCUUGGGUUCAGCGACUUUACUCUGCGAUUACCUGGGUUUAGCCUCGAUGUUGCAAAAUACAUUGACCAGAAAAACCACUCGCUGCGCUAUGUGUUGAAGAACAAGAAUACUGGGGAUAUCUAUUUUGUGGUACUUUUCACUCUGCUACUCGACAAUGACGACGGCGACCAAGCGGAGGAAGACGGUGAGAUGCAGCAAAGAAGGGAACAAGAACCAGAGGAAUCAGAGGUAGACUAG